AUGAAGUUCACUAACAUGGUUCUGGCCGCUAGCGCUGCUGGCAUGGCCGUUGCUUACCCCCGUGGCCGUGACGUUGUUCCCGAGAAGCGCAGCGUUGAGAAGAAGCGUGCUACUGGCUUCACCUGGGUCGGUGUCAGUGAGUCUGGUGCCGAGUUUGGUUCUGCCAUCCCCGGUACCCUGGGAACUGACUACACCUGGCCUGUGACCUCCAAGAUCCAGGUCCUCCGCGAUGCUGGCAUGAACAUCUUCCGUGUUCCCUUCCUGAUGGAGCGCCUUGUGCCCAGCAGCAUCACCGGCAGCCUGGACGCCACCUAUCUGGCUGCUCUCAAGUCUACUGUCAACUACAUCACUGAGAGCGGUGCCUAUGCCGUCCUUGACCCCCACAACUAUGGCCGAUACUCUGGCAGUAUCAUCAGUUCCACCUCCGACUUCGAGACUUGGUGGAAGAACGUCGCUACCGAGUUCGCUUCCAACGACAAGGUCAUCUUCGAUACCAACAACGAGUACCACGACAUGGAUCAGACCCUUGUUCUCAACCUGAACCAGGCCGCUAUCAACGGUAUUCGUGCUGCCGGCGCCACCAGCCAGUACAUCUUCGUCGAGGGUAACGCCUAUUCCGGCGCCUGGUCCUGGACCAGCAACAACGACAACUUGAGCGGUCUGACCGAUACCGAGGACAAGAUCGUCUACGAGAUGCACCAGUACCUCGACUCUGACAGCUCCGGUACCUCCGAGACCUGUGUUAGCAGCACCAUCGGCCAGGAGCGCCUCGAGUCCGCCACCACCUGGCUGAAGGACAACGGCAAGAAGGGCUUCAUCGGCGAGUUCGCUGGUGGUGUCAACUCCGUUUGCGAGACCGCCGUCGAGGGCAUGCUCUCCUACAUGUCCGACAACUCGGACGUCUGGAUGGGUGCCGAGUGGUGGUCCGCCGGUCCCUGGUGGGGAUCUUACAUGUACUCGCUCGAGCCUACUGACGGUCCCGCCUACUCGACCUACCUGCCCAUCCUGGAGAAGUACUUCGUGAGCGGCUCUUCUUCCUCUUCCUCCUCCUCCUCCUCUACUACCACCACCGCCAAGGCCACCACUAGCACCACCACCACCGCUGCUGCCCAGCACACCACUACUUCUACCUCUACCUCUACCACCGCCGCCGUCGAGGUCACCACCACUCCCAACGGCCAGGUCGAAGUCUCCAGCCCUGCCACCACCUCCUCUACCACCUCUACCACCGCCCCCGCCGCCGUCCAGACCACCACCCUGGUCAGCAAGCCCUCGACCACCAAGUCUGCAUCCACUACCACCACUGCCGCUUCCUCCGCCUCCACCGGCGGCACCGUUGCUCACUACUACCAGUGCGGUGGUAUUAACUGGACCGGCGCCACUGCCUGCGAGAGCGGUUACACCUGCGUUGUGCAGAACCCUUACUACUACCAGUGCUUGUAA